CACUCAACCCGCGCGCCUGACGAAACAAAGUGUGCUUCUGUUUUCCAAUUACCGGCAAAUAAAACAAAUUUCGUCCAGGGCAACAGGAAUUGCUUGUUUGAUCGUUACAACGCUUGAGUUCACAUCUCCCUCGGGCGAAGAGCAGCUGCAACCGGAAACGGAAUAACAGAAUCACCAACAAGGACACAGACACAGAGGCGCCAUGAAGAUCGAGGAAGUCAAGAGCACCGUGCGCACCCAGCGCAUCGCUGCCCACAGCCACGUGAAGGGAUUGGGCCUGGACGAGGUCGGAGCGGCGGUGCACAGUGCAGCCGGUUUGGUGGGUCAGAAGGCAGCUCGCGAGGCGGCCGGCAUUGUGGUGGAUCUGAUCAAGUCCAAGAAGAUGGCAGGCAGAGCCCUACUACUCGCUGGUCCACCUGGUACUGGCAAAACGGCCAUUGCCCUGGCCAUCGCACAGGAGCUGGGCAACAAGGUGCCCUUCUGCCCCAUGGUCGGUUCGGAGGUCUUCAGCAACGAGAUCAAGAAGACCGAAGUGCUAAUGGAGAACUUCCGGCGCUCUAUUGGCCUCCGCAUCCGCGAGACCAAGGAGGUGUACGAGGGCGAGGUCACCGAGCUCACUCCCGUCGAGACCGAGAAUCCCUUGGGUGGCUAUGGCAAGGCCAUCAGUAAUGUGGUCAUCGGCUUGAAGACAGCCAAGGGAACCAAACAACUGAAGCUGGAUCCCAGCAUCUUUGAUGCCUUGCAAAAGGAGAAGGUGGAGGUGGGAGAUGUCAUCUACAUUGAGGCAAACAGUGGAGCCGUGAAGCGCCAGGGACGCAGCGACACCUUUGCCACCGAAUUUGAUCUGGAAACCGAGGAGUAUGUGCCGCUGCCCAAGGGCGAUGUCCACAAGAAGAAGGAGGUUAUACAGGAUGUCACAUUGCAUGAUCUGGAUGUGGCCAAUGCUCGUCCGCAGGGCGGCCAGGAUGUGCUCUCCAUGAUGGGCCAACUCAUGAAGCCCAAGAAAACUGAAAUUACUGACAAGCUACGCAUGGAGAUCAACAAGGUGGUGAACAAGUAUAUUGACCAGGGCAUAGCCGAGCUGGUUCCCGGAGUGCUCUUCAUCGACGAGAUACACAUGCUUGAUCUGGAGACCUUUACAUAUCUACACAAGUCGCUGGAAUCUCCCAUUGCUCCAAUUGUUAUUUUUGCCACAAAUCGCGGACGCUGUGUGAUCCGUGGCACUACAGACAUCGUCUCGCCGCACGGCAUUCCGCUGGAUCUGCUCGAUCGUUUGCUGAUCAUCCGCACUCUGCUUUACUCCACCGGCGACAUGGAGCAGAUCAUCAAGCUGCGCGCCCAGACCGAGGGACUGCAGCUGGAGGAGAACGCCUUCGCUCGUCUCAGCGAGAUCGGGACCAGCUCCACGCUGCGCUACGCCGUUCAGCUCCUCACGCCGGCCCACCAGAUGUGCAAGGUGAACGGACGCAGCCAGAUCAGCAAGGAUGACAUUGAAGACGUGCACUCACUCUUCCUUGACGCCAAGCGCUCCUCGAAGCACUUGUCCGAGAAGAACAAUAAGUUUAUGAUGUAAGGUUUUCGAUUCCAACAAAAUUAUUAUUCCACUUGCACGGAUUUCUCAAUAAACGAAAGAUGAGCAAUU